AUGUCUUUCAGACGGGCACCUCUCGUGAGCCUUGCUCUCACGCUGUUGCCGUUGGUUGUGGCUGAUGACCACCCCUACGUCGCCGAUUCAGUAUGCGACUGCUAUUUGACCAACACAUCAGAGAGCUACUUCAGCAACCACUUGUUCUUCGACUUCCGCAACCUCGGCCAAUACGCCGGGGUCCCAGAUGCCCUCACGGACUGGGAUACGAGCGCCAACGCAAACACAACAUCCGACUACUUCAAUACGGACGCAUGGAACGCGAUAUGGGGUAUCCAGAACUGGAACAACACAGAUCGUAAGGGGAAAGACGGCAACGACGCCACGGUGAACAUGGUCAACUCGCCCAACAACAUUUACAUUGAGAAGAACAACGACAAGGACGCCACCUCGGACACCUUUAUGAGCAUGCGCACCGUCCGCUUCGAAGACUUCCAGUCCUCGGCCGAGAUGGAGUCCGUCUCCAUGGGCUACCACUUCGUCUCGGUCCGCAUGCUCGCCCGCACCCUCGGCGACCCGGGCGCCUGCACCGCACUCUUCACCUACCGCGAGGCCGACAAGUACGCCAACGUGCAGGAGGCCGACAUUGAGGUGCUCACCAAGGACCCGGACGACCGCAUCCAGUACACCAACCAGCCGUCGUUCGACUCGAGCGGCAACACCAUCGACAAGUCAACGCAGAACGGCACCAUGCCCAAGGGCACUUCGUGGCGCGACUGGGCCGUCCACCGCCUGGACUGGGACGCAAAGGACAGCACCUGGCUCGUCGACGGGUCCGAGGUGUCGAGCAUCUCCUUUCAGGUGCCCCGCGACCCCAGCCGCGUCAUGCUCAACUCGUGGAGCGAUGGCGGGUCGUGGUCUGGCGUAAUGGAGGUCGGGCACUCGGCCGUCAUGCAGAUCCAGUGGAUCGAGAUGGUUUUCAACUCCACGGAAUCGUCCUCGAAGCGUGACGUCCUCGAUAACAGCUUCCACCAAGCCGGUCUCGGUCCCAGAGGUCAGCUGGACCGCCGCCGCGGCGAGGGCAAGUGCCAGAUCGUGUGCAGCAUCGAUUCGUCCAACACGAUUGGCGCAGCGGUGAUGCUACACAACGGUACGGCGCCCGGGCAGCUUCUGGGACAGUCGAGUGCCAUGGCUUUCUGGGUGCCCGUGGCCUUGAUGUCGGCCAUGUUUUACCAGCUGUGGGCGUGA